AUGGCUGUCCCGGGCACUCAGAUCUCCAAGCGCAGAAAGUUCGUCGCUGACGGUGUUUUCUACGCCGAGCUGAACGAGUUCUUCCAGCGCGAGCUCGCUGAGGAGGGUUACUCUGGCGUCGAGGUCCGCGUCACCCCCACCGUCACCGACAUCAUCAUCCGCGCCACCCACACCCAGGAGGUUCUCGGUGAGCAGGGUCGCCGCAUCCGCGAGCUCACCUCGCUCAUCCAGAAGCGCUUCAAGUUCCCCGAGAACAGCGUUUCCCUGUACGCCGCCAAGGUCCAGAACCGUGGUCUGUCCGCCGUCGCUCAGUGCGAGUCCCUCCGCUACAAGCUCCUCAACGGUCUCGCCGUCCGCCGUGCCUGCUAUGGUGUCCUCCGCUUCAUCAUGGAGUCUGGCGCCAAGGGUUGCGAGGUUGUUGUCUCGGGUAAGCUCCGUGCUGCCCGUGCCAAGUCCAUGAAGUUCACCGACGGCUUCAUGAUCCACUCCGGUCAGCCUGCCCGCGACUUCAUUGACAGCGCUACCCGCCACGUCCUGCUCCGCCAGGGUGUCUUGGGUAUCAAGGUCAAGAUCAUGCGCGGCUCCGACCCCGAGGGCAAGGCCGGUCCCCAGAAGUCUCUCCCUGACGCCGUCACCAUCAUUGAGCCCAAGGAGGAGCAGAGCGUCAUCCAGCCCAUGUCCCAGGACUACGGCGCUAAGGCCGCCCAGAUGCAGGCCCAGGCUGAGGCCCAGCGCGCUGCUGAGGAGGGUGAGGCUGCCGAGGAGGCUGCCCCCGCUGAGGAGCAAUAG